ACUCAGUGCCUAUGAUUUCAGGACUGAAGUCUUGGGUCCUGACUUAUUCUCCCGGUCCCGUCCACUCCACACAGUAGCCUACGCAGCAGAAGAGGAUAUGGAGCAGUGAUGUACCGGGAGACCAGGAGAAUAAUAACACUUAUUUUUAAAAACGGAAUAAAUGCCAGUAUUUAAGUGACAGUUACAGAGUUCCUCUUGCAAGUUUAAAAUACUUCAAACGCAGAUGCUAGCAUGCAGGAAAUGCCAGACUAAUUCUCAGAGUAGUUCAAUCACCCCUCACGCCUCUAGAGAGUUCUGUCUUCAGUUGAAUAUUGCGCGUCUGACGGGAAGGGCCGAAGAACACCAGCUCCAGCCGCCGUGGAAACUGAUUAUUCCAAGAUGCUCCGGCAAAUGCAAUAUUUGAAAUUAGCGACAGCACUCGUGUUGCUGCCGUGUGUGUUGUCAUUUAACGUGGAUGACAAGAAUGGGGAGACUUUCAAUGGUCCGCUGGAGGACAUGUUUGGAUACUCAGUCCAGCAGUUUGAGAACAGUGAGGGGAAGUGGGUGCUGAUUGGUUCUCCCCUGGCCGGCCAGCCAGCCAAACGGACUGGAGAUGUCUACAAAUGCCGUGUGGGUCAAGGACCAAACCCUAGAUGUAUCAAACUGGAGCUGCCUGAAAACACAACAAUUCCUAAUUUACACGAAGUCAAGGAAAACAUGACCAUGGGAACGACGUUGGUUACCAACCCUCAAGGAGGCUUUCUGGCUUGUGGUCCACAGUAUGGCUACAUGUGUGGUCAGCAGACAUACAUCUCUGGGGUCUGUACCAACGUCAGCUCAACCUUCCAGGUGCUCAACUCCUUCGCCCCGGCUGUGCAAGAGUGUGCCAAAGAGCUUGACAUUGUCAUGGUUCUUGACGGCUCCAACAGUAUCUGGCCUUGGACCAGCAUCAUUGAUUUCCUGGUCAAGUUUCUGAAGAAUAUCGAAAUUGGAGCUAAACUGUCCCAGGUGGGCAUUGUGUCAUAUGGAGAGGAAGUCACUCACAAUGUCAACCUCAGCCAGUUUGAUACCACUCAAUCCCUCCUGGCCAAAGUGAAGAAACUUCCCCAGCAAACAGGUUUCAAGACUAUGACCGCCCUGGGAAUUGACACUGCAAGGAAAGAGGCCUUCACUGUGGAGCGAGGGGCGCGGCCGGGGGUCAAGAAGGUCAUGAUCAUUGUGACGGACGGAGAGUCACAUGACUUUUAUAACCUCGACAAGGUCAUCAAAGAAUGUGAGGAGGACGAUAUCGAGAGGUUUGGUAUCGCUGUGCUUGGUGAUUACAACAGGAACAACAGAAGCAUCAAGGAGGUGAAGAAAUUCAUUGAGGAGAUCCAGUCGAUCUCCAGCGAUCCUGUGGGAGAUCACUUCUUCAACGUGUCGGAUGAGUUUGCCUUGCUGAACAUCGUAGACGCCCUGGGCAGCAGGAUCUUUGCCUUGGAGGCAACGUCAGGUAACUACACCUCGUCUUUUGAGAUGGAGAUGUCCCAGGCUGGAUUUAGUGCCCACACCUCUAAAGAGGGUGUGAUGCUGGGUGCUGUGGGGGCGUAUGAGUGGAACGGGAGUGUGAUGCAUACCAACCAGGGUACCGUGGUUCCUCUAAACGCAGACUUCCAAGACCCCCUGGAUGAAAGGAAGGAGAGCCUGGCAGGGUACGUGGGUUAUGCCGUACAGUCAGCAUCAACGCCUAAUGGUGAGUUAUACAUCACAGGAGCACCACGGUACAACCACACAGGCAGAGUCAUCGUCUACAAACUGGAUGGGGAAAUCAUCACAGUCACACAAGUACUGAAAGGAGAGCAGAUUGGAUCCUACUUUGGCAGCGUGCUCCAGACGGUGGAUGUUGACCAGGACUCCUACACAGACAUCCUGCUGGUGGGAGCUCCUAUGUUCAUGGGCCCAGAGAGGGAGGAACAGGGACAGGUGUACGUCUACAAACUCAAUGAGGGCCUAUUUGAGCACCAGACCACGCUGAAGCCAGACAACCAGACGUGUUGUACCUCGGCCCACUCCAACGGUUGCACCAUCAUCAACAUCAACGGCCCGUGUGGCGCCCGCUUCGGCACCGCCAUCGCAGAGGUCAGUGACCUAGACCUGGACGGGAACCGGGACGUGGCCAUCGGGGCGCCACUGGAGAACGACCACAAAGGGGCAGUCUACGUCUACCAUGGAGCCAAGAAGACCAUCAAGGAAAAAUAUGUGCAGCGUAUCCCAGGCCCUGGAGACGGGGUGAAGACUAAGUUCUUUGGCCAGUCGAUCCACGGAGUCAUGGAUCUGAACGGAGACGGAAUUAUAGACAUUACCAUCGGAGGGCUGGGAGGGGCUUCUCUGUUCUGGUCCAAGGAUGUUGCUGAGCUUUAUGCCAACAUGACCUUUGACCCAAACAAGAUCAACCUACAGCAGCCCUCUGAAGACUGUGUGCUGGGUGAGAGAGCCACCGUGUGUGUGAAGACCAGGGUCUGCUUUAGCUACAGUGUCAAGUCUGAGAAGGACCACACUAACUUGGGCACAGCCAUUAAGUACAACCUGACUCUGGACUCUCUGAGGGCAAAGUCGAGGGCAGCGUUUGUCAACCCUGACGACAAGAGUGAGAGGAAGGUCCAGGUCACCGCCAACAUCAUAGAUGCUCUGUGUCUGGAACAUUCCUUUGCCAUGAAGGCUAAUCUGGACUUCAGAGACCCCAUCAUGAUCUCCCUCGAGUUUGGUCUGGCUGAGGACACAGGCCCCGUCCUGGAUGGAGACUUACCAACGUCACUCAACAAAACGAUUCCUUUGGUGGACUGUGGGAGCGAUGACAAGUGCAUAGCUGACCUAUCCCUGAAGGCUGUGCCAAGUAUACAAAGUCUUGUGAUCAAAGCCAACAAGGAAAAGUUCCAUGUGCUCAUUACCAUUAGAAACAGUCAAGACAAUGCCUACAAUACCAAAGUCAUGCUCAGCUUUACUGAAAACAUAAACUACGUCAAAGUCAAGGCCAAUGACAAAGUCUGCAGUCUGAAUAAUACCAAAGUUGAGUGUGCUGUGGGAUAUCCAUUCCUCAAAAGCAAUGUAGAGGAGGUGUUUGAGAUCCUGUUUGAAGUCAACCCUGCACACGUCUGGAAAGAGAUUCAGAUCAACGUAACUGCAACCAGUGACAGUGAGGAAUUGAAUACCACCCUCCAUGACAACUCUGUGAGAAUCUCCAUCCCUGUGAAGUACGAGGCUGGACUCAGAUUCACUGCUGACAGGCAUAUGAAGGAGGACCACAUCAUAGUGAAAGAGGGAGAGCAGUACCCCAGCAUCUUCAACCACACCAGUGUGAUAGGAGAAGAGGUCAAGAUCAUCUAUAUGGUUAAAAAGGAUGUGAAUAUGGAGACUCCUCCUCUAAAGCUGAGGGUGAUGUACCCGUACCUAUCACCUAGAGAGAACAUCCUGCUAUACCUGACACAUGUCACCUCCUCACAGGAUGUGAGAUGUCACAUCAGGGACCUGAUUAACCCUUUAAAGAUCAACAACAACAACACGCACACCAUCAAUCCUAAAAAAGAGACCCUCAGUGUCUUCCUGGUGGGCUGUAAGGACCACCCAUGUAAGUCAUUUGUCUGCUCCAUCCCUCACGUCAACAACAGCCAGGUCAAUGUUACCUUCAGGGUGUGGAAGCCCACCUUUAUCAAAGCAGAGUUCUCCAGCCUUCACAUGAUUGUUAAUGCCACUCUGGAGAACCUGAACACUGAUCUCUUCGUGUUGAGUGCCACCAAUUACGCCAGAGAUGUGAAGAUCCAGGUCUCUAAAGAGGCUUUGGGAGGUAUACCACUGUGGAUCAUUAUAGUCAGUAUCCUCAUAGGACUGCUGAUUCUGGCACUGGUCAUCUUCGCUCUAUGGAAGGCUGGAUUUUUCAGGAGAAAAUCCAUAGAGGACAUGGAGAACGAGGACAUGAAGAAUUAAUCCUUCCACCACCAUACAGAUCUGUCUGUGCCCCACUGUCUUCAGGUCUGUCUUCAGGUCUGUCUUCAGGUCUGUCUUCAGGUCUGUCUUCAGGUCUGUCUUCAGGUCUGUCUUCAGGUCAGUUAGAAGGAAAUACCCCAUCAACCAAUUCACCUGAACACCAUCAGGUUAGAAGAAAAGCCAGUCUAUUUAUGGCUAUUCAGCAACCAUUCACCUGAAUGUGAUGUGGCCCAUCUACCAGCCUUAAAACCCUGGUCUGGUUCAGUGGAUACAGAGGCCUGGGAAAACAUUGAACUUGUACAGUACACUUAGUUCUUCCAUCUAUUCAAUGUGGAUACCAAGACCUGGACCUAAAAGACCUAAGCUAGAAGGGCAAUCAGAAGACCGUAAGGAUAAUGGCACCCUGACCCAGACCUGAUCAUAUGCAGCCACACCAGCUUUAUACAACAGGACAAAACGUUCUCAGGUUCACUUACAGCGUCAACAUCCCAAAGACACUAAAAACACCUCAGAUUACAGUAUGGCAUUACACCAAAGUUGUCCAAAUGUCCAAGGCACUCUGCAAUGGAUUAGAAUUCUGUGUUAUAGUUUGACAUUUUUUACUAAUAUACUGUAAAUCUAUACCAUGUACUGUAUUUAUUUUUGUUUGGUAUAUUUUGAUACGUGUUAUUACCUAUAUUUUGACACUUGGGUUCAUUCAUCGUCUUCUAAGCAUAAUGUUUGCUUUUUGGAACACUGAUAUUUUCACAUGAGUGUUUUUCUAGUCUUACAAGCGCAAUCUGUAAAAAAAUUUUUUUUUUUUUUACAAAAGUGUUCCAUUGAAUAUUGAAGGUGUCUAUGCAAUUAUACCCUCUCCAAAUAUAUAUUCAGUAUAAAAGGAGAGUAGGAAUUUGAUAUUGACAUAAAUACAACGGUUUUAAUCUAGUUUUUGUUUAAUUUUGCUCCCACAUGGGGGCAGAGAAUUUACAGAUUGCUCCUUUACUGUACUAGGAAAACCUUUGAUUGUCCUGUAAAUGUAAUGUAAAGCUUGUACAUAAAGUUAUGUUUGCAAUAAUUCCUAUAAUUUAAGAUCAAGUUAAGUCCAGCAUGUAUCACCAAGGCCCUAUAUAUCAGUAAUAGAGAUAAAAUAAGUAAUUUGCUCCUACAUUUCUCAGGUAUUACUUAUGAUAGUAUGGUGAUAGUAUGGUGAUAGUAAGUGGAUAAUUUGAUGAUAGAAUGAUGAUAGUAUGGGGAUAGUAUGGCGAUAGUAUGAAUUAGAUAAAACAAACAAAUGUAGUAUUUUUAAAUAAAAUACUAUUUUAAAAAUAUGUAAAUAUUGGUAUAAAUGUAAAUGUUUGAUAAAUGUGUAUUGGAACUCGAUGCAUUUUGCAUCCAUUCGCUAAGAUGUUAUUUUUUUUGACUCAUCUUUCUUUCGUUUCGGUCUUUUGUUUUGGGGCGAGAGUGAUUUCUCUGAGUUAGCCUACAGUCACAUAGAGCAAUCCAAAAAGGAUCUCAGCGGAGUGUAACUUGAUUCCUGAUGUUCAAACCUGUCAGUACCACAAAACAAAGAGAUAUUUGUCUCAGAGAAGGUCAAACUCUGGAAACUAGGCCAUUGAACGUUACACACAGGGGGUGAUGCAUAUGAACACCAGGUUAUGCCUAAAGCCCUGUAGUCUCUGGUAUGGCCGGAGCGGUAGCGACUGUCGUGAUUGUGAGUAGAAAUGUUUGAUUCAUGCAUCGUUUCCUCUUUCUCUCCGCCUACAUUCCUCUGCAUAUUUACAUAUUUUGCACAGGCAGUCCGGUGUAACCCCUGACUUUUUAUUGUAAAUAAGAGACACUCAUCAGCUCACCCAUUACUGUUGAAAGCACAUGUAAUAAAUGAAUAAAUAUCUGUAAAAUGUGUAAGAUAACCUUAACACGGGGAUCCUCCAUACUGUCCCCUUCUGGAGAGCUUAUUUGUCACAGCUCAGCAGUGAUAGAGUCAGCUGAUCAAGGCUUUGAAGAUUUAAUUACUGAUUAGUUCAAUUGGAACCCAGAACCAAAUCUUGUGUGCUGACCAGCUAUGCAACUUGACAUGUAUUAUAAUUUAUGUUCAUGUGUUAAAAGUCUGUCACAGGAUGUUGUUUGAUGUAUCAGGUGUGAUGGCACAUGUGGGACAAAAACCUACUGUACUUUGACUAUCCAGGAGCAGGUUUGAGGAUGAGAGAGAGCGAGAGACCGGAGAGGGUGACUGGAGAGAGAGAGGGUUAGGGACUGCUUCAGACUGAUGUACUCCAGUCAUACACACUGCUGUGAACUGUUAGUUUAAUACACUGGUUUUUCAUACUGUAUGUACUCUGAUCAGCACAGAUUUGAAAGCAUUGCACAAGCUGUCAAGGAUCUUAUGCCAAAAAAUAAAUAAAUAAAAAUGGUUUUAAAUUAA